AUGAGAAGGAUGAGGACGAACUUCAGCAGCUGGCAAAUGGAAGAAUUGGAAAAAACUUUUCUGGAUAGUCACUACCCUGAUGUCUAUGCCAGAGAGGCCCUGGCCUGUCGACUCCAACUUAAUGAAUCUCGGAUACAGGUAUGGUUUCAAAACAGGCGAGCGAAAUGGCGGAAGAGAGAGAAUACGAAGAAGGGCCCCGGCAGACCGGCCCACAACGACCAACCCCGUUCUUGCAGUGGCGUACCCCUUUCGGCUGAAGAACUCCGCAUAAAAGAACUACGCAAGGAAGAACGUAAGAAGCGAAAAGCCCGCGACAAA